ACACUACACAUGUCUCGGUCGCCUAGAGCCGCAGCUGGAUCUGUAAACGUCAGUGAUCUCGAAAGCACUAUACCGAGGGACGCAGAGAUUCGAGCUCGUGGCAACGGCAAAUUCGGACGCGCAUGCACCGACGAAAACAUGAUACCUCAGACCGACAAUUGUCUGCGCACCUUAAGCCAUGGGGGUUUAAUUUCAAUAGCCCUUGGAUUCUACUCGCCCUAGGCUGCAACUAUUACGGGGAGAAAGGCAAUAAUCCGGGCCACGAUCAAACUUUUAGCAUUAGCCAAUAUUAUCUCUAUACAUCUGAAUCAUACUGGAAGGAGAUGACAUGCCGGGACAGGUCUCCGCAGCGACUCGCAAUUCCAGUCUAAGAAUCUUGGCUCUGACGAAAACGAGGCUGCAUUAUCCCCAGGAGGAAAUGAUAUACCCACGAGACGUUCCCAUGUGCAUGGUGUCGCCGUGUCCAAAUCCACCAGUUCAGCAGUCUGGGGGCCGUUGUUCAUUGCAAGACUGUGGAUACAGUGGCCCCUUCAGCUCCGAUCCUUGGGAGGGCCAGAGCAUAGGGCCGUGGCUGCUCCUUCGUAUGUACCCACGGAGUACUACGGAGUACUUCGAGCAUACAUGCAUAGCGCCGAGUACACGAGGCCGGCUACUGCAUCUGUCAGGCUCAAGAGAGACACGGGAGAAGUCGACUUGGGUCUGGCCAAGCAAUUUUGACAUUUACGAUUUAAUUUUCAAACCGCAGAAAGCCAUGUGUGACCCGGAUAAGCUGCUGGAAACCCUCAGAAGUGACUCGUCAUUUCAGCACUUCAGCUCAUGGAGCCAAGUUCUCCAUCUACCAGGGCCAGACUGUGCUCGGUGGAGCUGGACAAAGACCAGGUCAAUUACCCGGCCAUGCUCACGAUGUUCGGGAUAGAAAUCUCACCAGCCGCUUGGUCGACCUAGGCACCAUUUUUAUUUAAUUUUUUUUUCUCUCUCUCGUUCUCUCGCCUGUAAGUCGACCUUCCCUUUCGAGGGAUCGUGGGUUCAACA